AUCAGUUGGUUAAUCUCAGCCAGUCAACCAAGGGCCUUGCACCUAGCAUAACGAACGACCUGAUUCUUCGCGCUCCGAACGUCAUCUGAAUUUCUAUGAGCUGACGUUUUAUUAUAAUUAAAACGCCUUUGUAUAGUGAUUCCAAAAUAGAUAAAUAUCGAAUAGAAUCAAAUUUGCUUCGAGUUACAGUGAAUAACGAACUUAAUAAUAAUAAUUUGUUAUUUUGUGAUUUUUAUUCAAUGAACGCAGAUCAUUUUAGAAAUUUACUGAUUAUGUUAAUCAAUCGACCAUCUUACAUUUUUAUAUAUAUGCAUGUGUAGAAUAAUCAGAAUUUCAACGCAAGUUUUACAAGCUAUCAUUAUCGAUCCGAUCAAAAUAAAAAGAAUUAAGCAAGUUGGAAGAGUUUUACUAUCGUUCGCUCUCUAGAAGGCACGGGAUUUAUUCUCUGUGCGCGAGGAACUUCUACGUGAAGUGUUUACGGUAGAAAUUUGAACAGUGGUGAAAUUCUUCAGUCCAUAUUCCGUGAGUUUUCUGUUAUGGAAACUUGCGUACUAAUACCGAAAGAGUUCUCUUUAGUUCUUGCCAGUGAUCAAUCCGCACGUAAAAAUGUUUAUAAAAAUGAUUCGGACUCAUUUGUCACAAAUUUACGAAUAUCGGUGUGGUCUAAUGUCUUCAUUCCAUUGGGCACACUCAUCUAUCCGUUUCAGGGGUCAAUUAGAUUCGACAAGAUUGAUCUGUACUCCCUUCUCGAUGACAACGACAUCAGACGCGAGUACGGUUGCUAUGACGAAGUCUUUUCGAACUACAAUCUUAACAAGCGUCAGUGUAACUGGAUAAGAUUUCUUCAUAUCAUUCAAACGGAUGACGAACAAGUUAAUCUUAUUGGAACAAAGGUAAAGGGUGAACCAAUUUUUGAAGUUAUCAAAGAUGUUCAACCAGAUACUGAAUUAGUAGCUUGGUUCCCACCAGUAACGUAUCCAGAUUUUAUUUUUAUUUCCCAUGAUAUGUGUUUGAGAUCCGCACUUUAUAGAUGUUUGAUCGACAGUAUCGUAGAUGAGUCACCUUUGGAUCUAUCCAUGGCUUUACUUUCACAUCACAUAUCACCAUCGAUACAGCACUCUUAUUACGAACCUGAUGAAUAUGAAUCAACCUCUGAGGAAUCAUCAUCAUCUACGCUAUCGUUAGUUGGUGAUCAUCUUGAUUGUAGUAUUUUAACUACUAUAAAAAGAGGUGACAAAGUACUUUUGCCAUGCGAUGUAUGUGGUAAAUCUUUUGAUCGUCCAUCACUCUUGAAAAGGCAUACCAGAACGCAUACUGGCGAGAAACCACACGUUUGCAUGGUAUGCAGUAAAGGUUUCUCAACAUCAAGUUCUCUAAAUACUCACAAGCGUAUUCAUAGCGGUGAAAAACCUCACCAGUGUCUUGUAUGUGGCAAGAAAUUUACAGCAUCUUCGAAUCUUUAUUAUCAUAGGAUGACUCACAUCAAGGAGAAACCACACAAAUGUUUGCAAUGCUCCAAAUCGUUCCCAACUCCUGGAGAUCUAAAGAGUCACAUGUACGUGCAUAACGGAUUAUGGCCAUUUAGGUGUCAAAUUUGUAAUCGUGGAUUCAGCAAGCCAACAAAUCUAAAGAAUCAUAUGUUAUUGCAUCUUGGAAGAUGUUCGAAUAAGAAGUUCAUUGAAUCGAUUCCAGACUUGUGACUUUUUGUGACGGUAUAUUAAUCACUAGUUACAUAGUGAGAAGGUAAUGAAUACUUUAUUAACAUGGCUUGUAGACUUAUAUUAUCUAUACUAAUUAUAUUUUAUCCAUUGCCUAUGUAUUUCUUAAGCACCAUUAGCAAUGCCAUUCGUUGCUAAAGAAAUACUAAACAAUGGAAGGCAAAUCAUUGAGCAAAUAACGUUUUAUUGUUCAAAAAGUCAGUGUUACAAACAACCUUGACGAGGUGCUUAAGUCAAUUUGUAUUCCAUUAUUUGCAAGUAUUUACUGUUUUCUAGAAUAUCGCAUAAGAAUUUAAAAUUCGAUUUUUAUCAUGAAAAAAAAAAAUAAAUAAAAGAUA